CUUUGUUCAUCCCCACACCAGGCCAACCAAACCCUUCACAUCUCUCUCUACACAACAAAAUAAUAUUUUCCCAUCAUUUUGAAGAACACCCAUUUUCCUUUACAUGGAGGAAAGUCCCAAGAAAAUGAGAUUUUCCCUGCAGAAACCCUCCUCCAACCCCGACCAAGUUCCUCUAUUUUCCAGCAAACCAAACAGGCCAAGUUCACCAACUAAUUAUUCUUCAGAUCAACUGAUGAUCAUGACGAGUUCUCAUCAGAUCAAGUCCGACAAACAUAAUAAUCAUGUUGGAGAUCUGGUGAUGAUGAGGGAGCAAAAGGAUCAGUGUAGUGGAGGUGACAGAAUGAAGAGACACCGCGAAGAGGUCGCCGGCCGGGUGGUGGUGCCGGAUAGAUGGGGCAAGGAGGAACUGAUGAAGGAUUGGAUAGACUACUCGUCGUUCGACAAGGUUUUAGUGCCAAGUGGGGUCAGAUCGGCCCGCGAAGCUCUUGUUAUGGAGGCGCCACGACGUCAGGCCACCGGUAGUAGUUCUCCGGCCUCUCAACGUCUGAGGAUGGAGAGGAGGUGUUAUUAAAUGGUCAUGAUCCUGAGUUUCUGUUGUUUCUUCAUGUUUUCUUUAAAUAGUUAGA